GCAGGGGCAGGGUCGUGGUCGUGGUGUGGGGGGAUUUUUGGUGGCGUCCCUGCGCGCGCUGUCUCUUUAAGGUCGGUCUCGUGUCGCGCGUUGCUUGUGCGCUGUGAGCUCGCGCGCGUCGCGUCGCGUCUUAAUUACAGCGCGGACCGCGCGCGGAGCAGGUGCGUCUCGAGUCGGUGCAUGCAUCCAGGCAUACAGAAUGCAUGCAACUGAAAUGGAUCAGAAAGUCAAUUUUCUUAAACAAAUAUCUGCCUCCGUCCACUUUAACGACACAGGGCUCUGUUACAGUCUGAAGACCGAACUGUACUGGUUGUAGUAGAAAAGAUGCGCUUUUUCCAAACGCGACAGGUUCUGCAUGUUUUUGUUUUUAAUUUGUUAACAUGCACACCUUAUAACUAUUGUGCUUGAUUUUUUUUCUGGUACUGUUCACUCGUUUAUUCUACAAACUGCAUGCAAAGAUCAUGUCUUUGCUAUAACAGUCGAUACAAACACACUGGACAAUGGCUUUGCUGGUGAGCAAAAGCUUACUCCUGGUUUUGAUGCACAUCUGCCUAUGCACAGGCUCUCGGUUACGUCUGGAGGACAGUCCGCCUCGGAUUGUAGAGGACCCGUCCGAUCUGAUGGUGUCUAAAGGUGAACCAGCCACGCUGAACUGCAAAGCUGAGGGACGGCCAAUGCCGAAUGUGGAGUGGUACAAAGAUGGAGAGCAUGUAGAGACAGAUAAAGAUGACCCACGUUCACACCGCAUGCUGUUGCCCAGCGGCUCGCUCUUCUUCCUGCGAAUCGUGCACGGCCGGCGCAGCAAACCUGACGAAGGUGUCUACACAUGUGUGGCCCGCAACUAUCUUGGGGAGGCAGUGAGUCGCAAUGCCUCUUUGGAGGUGGCCACCCUGAGAGAUGAUUUCCGUCAGGCCCCGAGCGAUGUGGUGGUUGCAGCGGGGGAACCUGCUGUGCUGGAGUGUGUCCCACCGCGCGGCCACCCCGAGCCCAGCAUCUUCUGGAAGAGGAACAACGUCCGAGUGAGCGACAAAGACAGCAGGAUCUCUAUGCGCGGCGGCAAGCUGAUGAUCUCACACACCCGGAAGAGUGACGCAGGCAUGUACGUGUGUGUGGGCUCCAACAUGGUGGGAGAGAGGGACAGCGAUCCGGCUGAGCUGGUGGUUUUUGAGAGACCAGUGUUUAUUCGUAGGCCGGUGAAUCAAAUAGUGCUCGCAGAUGAAGCAGUGGACUUCCUGUGCGAGGUCCAUGGAGAUCCGGCCCCCACCAUCCGCUGGAGGCGUGAAGGCGGAGAGCUGCCUCGUGCCAGAUUUGAGAUCCGCAGCGACAACACGCUCCGUCUGGUGAAAGUGCGAGAGGAGGACGAGGGGACGUACACGUGUGUGACGGAAAACAGCGUGGGCAGAUCCGAGGCUUCGGCGACGCUGCAGGUCCACGUCCCCCCACAGAUUGUCCUCCAGCCCCAGGACCAGGUCUCAGCCCAAGGACAGACUGUCACUUUCCGCUGUGGCACAAAAGGCAACCCUCCUCCAGCAGUUUUCUGGCAAAAAGAAGGGAAUCAGAUGCUCCUUUUCCCUGGGCAGCCUCCCUCUCAGGCUGGACGCUACUCUGUGUCCAUGAGCGGAGAGCUAAUCAUCACUGCUGUCCACAGGGAAGAUUCUGGGUACUACAUGUGCCAAGCCAUCAGUGUGGCAGGCAGUACAGUUUCCAAAGCCUUCUUGAAAGUAGUUAAUGGGCCCUCAGACCUUGUUCCCCCAAUCAUCCACCAAGGUCCAGGUAACCAGACGCUGGCACGAGGCUCCAGUACCAAGCUCCAUUGCCAUGUAAUGGGUGUCCCACUUCCAAGCAUCAGAUGGGAAAAGGAUGGGCAGAGACUUUCAGCAGACAGCGUCCACAUCAGUCUGAUUGAAAACGGCACUUUGCACAUCAGCAGCCUGCAGGAGACCGACUCAGGGAUGUACACUUGUGUAGCCUCCAGUUCGGCAGGAGAGACAAGGUGGAGUGGCACCGUCACCGUAAGAGAUACAGCGACAUCGUCCCUGGUCCGGCUCUCUCAGGCCCUGCAGCUGCCCGGUCCGCCUUUGAAACCGGCCGUGACGGACGUGAGCCAGAGCAGCGUCACGCUGACGUGGCAGCCCAACCAGCACGAAGGAGGCGCUGCUGUCACCUCCUACAUUAUCGAGGCUUUCAGCCAGUCAGUGGGAAGCACGUGGCAAACCGUUGCAGAUCAGGUGAAGCAAGAGAAGCACACAGUAUCUGGUCUCUUCCCCAACACUGUGUACCUUUUCAUUGUGCGUGCAGUAAACUCAUAUGGCCUAAGUGACCCAAGCCCGAUCUCAGAGCCUGUCAGAACACAAGAUGGCAGUCCCGGCAGUGCACCAAUCGAUCACAGGCGUGUGCAGGCAGAUUUAGCUGAGGUCACGGUGUAUCUGCAUCCUCCAGAGAUCCUGACUCCCACCAGCAUACAGAUCACAUGGACUGUUGAGCGUGAGCCUUACUACAUUCAGGGUUACAGACUGCUGUACAGGCUGUCGGGCGGUGCCUGGCUGGUUCAGGACAUAAAGGCAGCGUCCAAACACUCAGCAGUGUUAUCAGAGCUGCGCAGAGGCAGCGAGUACGAGCUCAAAUUGAGGCCCUACUUCAAAGAGUUCCAGGGCUCUGACAGUGAGCUAGUUGUGUUUUGCACCCCAAAGGAGGCAUUAAGUGGCCCCCCUCAAGCUGUCAGUGUGGUUCAGUUGGACAAUAGCUCGACAGUGCAAGUGUCCUGGGAGCCACCUUUUGCUGAUAUCCAGGAUGAACCAGUUUUGGAGUACAGGGUGUGGUGUGUUGGGAAUGUGUCUGGACUUCAGAUGCAGUUAAACCAAAGCGUAUCUGGGGAAGUCCUCCACGUGCUGGUAGAUGACCUGGUACCCGAGAUGCUGUACAGCGUGCAGGUGGUUGCAGUGACCAAAGCAGGAGCUGGAGAACCCAGCGAGCCAGUAUUUAUUCUCAUCACCCCAGUGGGGGAGCCCUCAUUGCCGGUGCUGAACGAUGACAGCAGCAGUCUUUCAGAGCACAUCUCAGUACUGUUCAGACAACCAGCUUUUAUUGCCACUCUGGGUUCAGCCUGCUGGAUGGUGCUGAUGGGCUUCAGUGCCUGGAUCUACUGCAAACACAAGAGAAGGAAAGAGCUCGGCCACUAUGCUACCUCUUUUGCCUACACACCUGCCGUUGGCCUCUCUAAUGGUGACGGAUCAGCACUCAGCAAUGGAAGGCCUUGUAUGCUUGGAUCCAACAUAGUAAACUAUCCCUGGCUGGCAGAUUCUUGGCCAAACAACAACUUCAACCAGGACAGGAAAGACUCUAUAAAUUGCUGCACUGGCAAAGAUGACUCCACAGACAGAUAUUACAACACUACAGGGACAAACUUCCUCAGGCAGGAUCAAAAAUUCAGCCCAACAUCCAACGAAGGCGCCAUCUACAGCACUAUAGACAGAGAUAACGAGUCUCAGCAUGACCUAAGUAGUGUUUACUCACAUGACCUUUACACCAGCUCCCCGGUCCUGUCCAAACCUGACCCUGAUCAGUGGAGCUUUCAGUCUGACCUCAGUACAGCUGAAUAUGCCCAACUCCAAUAUCCAAAGACAGGAAACGCUAAUGUGGAAAUGCAGAAGCCUUGUGAGUCAGCGACGUAUAACUGGUCCAAUGUUCUGUCCCUGCCGCCGCCAAGUACUCGAGAUCAGAGACAGCAGUCCAGGUGUGAGGACGAGGAAGACUGGUGUGCUCCUUCGCCAGAGAGGACUUAUCAAAUGGAGGGUUUGGAGAAUGCAGCCACUUUGCCUCUGAGAGGAGAGCGCUGUGGGCGAGUUACCACCUACAACCAGCCAUUCACAUCCACCCUAAAUCCAUCUCCCAAUGAGGAACGAAUGCUAGUUAAUCCAUGUUUGCAGCGUCCUGACUUACUGCUACGCAAUAAGGGACAAUGCACACCAAAUUCCAAAACAACUGAGCCCAACCCAAGCUUAUUUACCAACCUGGAAUCACACAAUGGUAGCCUGCCCCGUCUGCCAGGCCACUGGAGAGACAUCUGCCAAGCGGAGAGGUCUCAGCACUUAAAAGGUGAGAUUGGUUUAUUUGUGCAUGAGAGAUCAAUUGUAUCCCCCACUGAGCAGCCACGGUCCAAGAAGACAUCAUUCAGAGAUGGACCACGGAGAAGAGAAACCUUAAAAGCGGGAGGUCAGCAAACAAGAUGUUCUGUUUUUGAUCUGCCUCCUCCGCCUGAACCCCCUCCUGCAGAAGGCACUCAGGUGGACCUGGCAAGCAUGUCAAAGGCCAGAACACAUGAUCCCAGAAGAGAAUGGAGGGCAGAUCAGAGAAGACAAAGCCAGUGCAGCACAGAAGAUGAGGAGGUGGUCCAUUACAGUGUGAACAUGCAGUCCAGGAAUCACAUGUCCAGUCAGUGUUCUCCUCCUGCAUCCUCCAGCUCAUGUUCUCGUCCCUCCACAUCUUCCCGCACCAGGAGGAAAAAAGAGAACGCAAUGUGAGUAGAAGAACGAUGAUGCAUUUCUUCUCGGUGUCCUGCUGUGCCAUGUGUUCCAACAAACUUUUAUUGCAAAUGAUGUCCAGUAGAACACAAGAGCCAUACACUUGUAUGUGAUCCCCAUCCACCUCUUUUAUUUAUUUAUUUAUUUAUUCAUUUAUUUAUUCAUUCAAUGUAUUUUUUUUUUCUGUUAGUUUUUCCCUUCUUAUGUUGAGCCUUUGCCUUUUCGCACGUCAUAUUUUUUGUCUUUGCUUCAUUUGAGUGAACAACAACUGUAUUUUUUUCGUCUGACAAAAAGUUCCUGGACGUCUUUUCUUUUCCUACAGUAUUUAUCUUGAUACCUCGAUGUUUGCAUUUAGUUCCAUGGGGUUUAUGUUGUGUAACACUAGCGUCUCUGCGUCAAAACCCCAUAACAGUUUUAUGGUAGAAUAGAACAUCAGUUUAAGAUCCAGCGUCACCGCUUCAAAUCCGUCCACACUGCAAAACUGUCAUCAGCGCCAGAGAGAUGAGUCUUGCCUGCUGAGCUGCACUGCUGACAUACACAUAAAGAAAACCGUGCAAGCUGAAGUGCUAAUGUUACAAACACUGAAUGGAAGUACGCAGAGCAUAUUAAUAUUAUACAAAUGAGAUGACCGUGUUGACCACGUUAGCAUUAAAAUUGUUUGUCCUUUCGUCGUAAUUUGGAUUGUGCAAGAAAACACAAUAAAGCAAAUGUUUAAAUAAAACAUUUUUUAUAAUUAAACAAUGGAA